UGUUGUGUUGCCGGCACUUCGAGUUACGCACGAGGUAGUUACCAGUGCCACUCGGAUGUUGGAUCUGCUGUGAUCUCGAUCACGCUGCCUUUUUUCUCUUUUUUUUUUUUUUGUUGUAUUUUGUCUUUGCCAGCCAAAAGUUCAUGUGUCUGUCUGCUCGCUAUUUCGUAAGCUCAGCUUGGCGGGGCACAUAUAAUUUGUUUUUGUGUUUCCUCUUUGUUUUGAUUCGCUGUUGAUAAAGAAAAACAGUAAAAAAAAAACCAACAGACAAAAAUAAAACAACGAAGCAGCGUUGCUGCUCCGUCGUCGAAAUGGAAAUAAGAUAUACUCAUAUACUGAACCAAUUUAUUUCAAUUUUAUUUCACACUUCGGCGGCAAAAGUUGUGCUCGCGCCAGACACUAAAUGAUCAGUUAAGAAUUGUAUUCAUAUUUGGAAUAGUGUGAGUGUCAGUGUCCAUUUGCGUGUGUAUGAGUGUGUGAGUCUUUGCAAAUCAAUUGAAGCAGUUGACAAGACGCUCUACGCAAAAAGCUCAAAAAUGCAUUUGCUGCCUUCGUUAAUAUGUAUUACAGUUAUUUGUGUAUUGUGCUUUCAAUACGUUCGUCCCGCCAGCGUCUGUCACUGCAUACGGAUUAAGGAUUGUGGGCCUUUUGUGCAGCGUCUGCUCAAUCAUACGCCGGCGGAGCGUGCCUCGGUUUUUGCCAUGGUCCAUUCAGCUGGCUGCGGUUUCCAGGGACUCGAUCCGCUCGCCUGCUGUCCGCCACAACAGCAGGGAAGCAGCCGCAACUCCCGCUGGGUUUGGGACACGCCGAGUAGCUCAAAGCGCAGCACUCGAUUCAAUAAUGAUUAUAAUCGUUUUGAGGCGUACGAGACGGAAAUGCAUUUGCACGAGUAUCGCGAUUUCAACUCCCAGCUCAAUUGUCCCCAGCCCCUUGAUGAGGAAUACGAUGAUGAUCACCAUCUUCAUCAUCAGCAAUUUGGGUUUCCCGGCCAUCAUUAUCAUUAUCAUGUUGAUCAUGAGGUUAAGCCACGACCAAAGCCAGCGAAUAGACCAAUUGUGUUUCCCGGAGACUUACGUUUUCAUCACUCAAUAGAGACCAAAGGUAAUGGCAAGCUGAUGGCGGAUGAUAGCCAGGAGCAGGCUAUGCCGGAGGACAGCACAACAACAACAGCUGCCAGUACAACAUCAACAGCAGCGCCGCCAGCAGUUCGCAUGAAUGAUCCCGAUUGUGGGAUCAGUCUAACCACACGGAUUUCAGGUGGUCAACAGGUUGUGCCCGGACAAUAUCCGUGGCUCGCCCGCAUUGCCUAUCGCAAUCGAACAAGCAAUCGCAUCAGCUAUCGUUGUUCGGGAUCCCUAAUCUCAAAUAAUUAUAUUGUGACUGCCGCUCACUGUGUCAUCAAUUUAGUCAGCGAUCUGGAACUGUUUCGUGUGCGUAUUGGUGACGAUAGUUCCAGUGAGCAGGACUGCUCGCCAACUGCUUCCAACUGCAGUCGACCGAAUUUAUUCGAUAUUGGCCGUGUGCUGGUGCAUCCCAACUACGAUCAGCCCAAAUAUGCGAAUGAUAUCGCCCUGCUAAGCCUCAACAAUAGUCGCGGUCAAAUUAUGCCAAUAUGCUUACCUUUGAACAAUACAGCAACACUUGCGGAUAGACUAAUUGGCCAAAUUGGUGUCGUUGCCGGCUGGAGUACAACUGCAGAGAAUAACAGUUUAGCCAGCUCGGGAAGCACGACCAGCUCAACCUCCGUUCGUUUUAUAAGAUUACCGAUAGUUAAUACGACAAGUUGCGCGAUUACCUAUGCCACUCUGAGCGAGAACUUCCAGCAGCCGAUUGUCAUCACGCCGAGACACUUGUGCGCCCAGGGUCAGCACAUGAACGAUGUGUGUCGUGGCGAUAGCGGUGGACCCUUUAUGGACGACGGCACCUCUGGCCUCCUAAAUGCAAAUGGACGUUAUACGCUCCUGGGCAUUGUCGCAUUCGGACCAACACUCUGCGGCGUUACGACUAUUCCGGGCGUCUACACAGCAGUCAGUUCGUACAUGAAGUGGAUUUUCGAUAGCAUCAGCAGUGUAACUCAAAUGUCAACGCUCAAUGUCUUAUGAACAGUGCGAAACUUGCGAGUUUCCCGACUGUUUUCCAAAGCUUUUCUAGACGCCAAAGCCAAAAACGUACAAGUGUAGAACCAACACUGUUUGUGUAUUAUUCCUAUUAAUAAUACUUUUAAAAAAAAGAAAGAAAAAACAAUAUAUACAAUAAAA